CGGCGAAGUCCGCGGAUAUACAGUUAUUUACCGGUCAUUGCAACACCAUGGUUCAAUGAAACACUUAGCCUCUUGCUCUCCCUCCCUUCAUCCUUCAUCAUUAAUUUGUAUUACAUUGCUGAUGUGUAUUGUAUCUUCAUGUUCUACAGUAAUUCUUCAUAUGUGACAUGGAUAAUAUUCUGAGAAAUUGAGGCUUCUGUUCUAAAAAUAUCUAUUUUCUCAUGAACUCAAAAUCUGACCCAGAAAUGUGUGUCCUCCAUCUGAAUGUAAUCACCCACAAAGGCCUCAAUAAUGUUAAUGACCUUCUGAAGAACCUGUAU